ACAGGAGCUCAUCAAGCUGCCCAGCACGAGCCACAGGCAGUUCUGAAGCCAUGGGGGCGGCACGGGCUGGUUGUUUUCCCGCAAGAACAAGGAGCCGUGGGAGCAGGAGCAGGAGCAGGAGCAGGAGCAGGAUGCUGCCGGACGCUGUGGCGCUGCUGGUGACAAUGGUGACGAUGGUGAUGGUGGUUGGCCCUCGAUCAGCCACGGGAGGCGGCGUGGGGGGCUACGCCCAGGUCAAGUACAUGCAGCCCAUGGUGAAGGGACCCCUGGGACCCCCAUUCCGUGAAGGCAAAGGGCAGUACCUGGACAUGCCACCGAUGCUGCCCAUGGACCUCAAAGGGGAGCCAGGACCACCAGGGAAGCCUGGCCCACGUGGACCCCCUGGGCCCCCCGGCUACCCAGGAAAACCAGGCACAGGGAAGCCAGGAAUGCACGGCCAGCCUGGCCCCGCUGGGCCUCCUGGCUUCUCGGGCAUUGGGAAACCUGGCAUCCCAGGACUCCCUGGAAAGGCGGGUAUGAAAGGGAUGCCUGGAGCCAAGGGUGAGCCUGGCAUGCGAGGGGAGCAAGGGCCAAGAGGACUUCCCGGCCCCCCUGGGCUGCCUGGGCCAGCUGGACUCUCCGUCAACGGGAAGCCGGGUCCCCAGGGUGGCCCCGGCCUGCCCGGCUUUCGGGGCGAGCCUGGCCCGAAAGGAGAGCCAGGUCCCCGUGGAGAGCGAGGGAUGAAGGGUGAAAAUGGUGUGGGGAAGCCGGGGUUACCAGGGCCCCGGGGGAAUGGGGGCCCUCCUGGCCCUGCAGGGCCCCCCGGGCCUGUGGGCGUUGGGAAGCCCGGCCUUGACGGGCUGCCAGGAGCGCCGGGGGGCAAGGGCGACAUGGGCCCCCCGGGCGGGCCUGGUGUCACCGGGGAGCCUGGCCCUGUGGGGCCACGGGGUCCCCCUGGGAUCGAUGGGAUCGGGGUCCCGGGCGCUGCGGGGGUGCCAGGGAUACAGGGCCCCAUGGGACCGAAGGGAGAGCCCGGGAUCCGUGGCCUCCCAGGUCUGCCAGGCCCAACAGGUUAUGGGAAGCCGGGUUUGCCCGGCCUGAAAGGAGACCGUGGGCAGCCAGGGGCACAGGGAGCCAUCGGUGACAAGGGGGAACCCGGUGUUGAUGGGGAGCCGGGUGAGCCAGGCCCUGCUGGCAUCAUUGGCCCGCCGGGCCCACCGGGUUCCAUGGGGCUGCCGGGCAAGCACGGGCUGCCCGGAUCCAAAGGGGACGUGGGGCCAAGUGGGCCCCCAGGAAUGCCGGGGAUGCGUGGCGACCAGGGCCCCAGUGGCUUUGCUGGGAAGCCAGGGGUGCCAGGAGAAAGGGGUCUGCCCGGGUCAGUGGGACCCCCUGGCCCGACAGGCCCCAAAGGAGAACCAGGGUUCAUCGGCCUCCCAGGGGUGCCCGGAUUAACGGGUGGCCCUGGGCCCAAAGGGGAUGGUGGGAUCCCAGGACAGCCAGGGCUGAGGGGCCCCUCAGGCAUUCCAGGAUUGCAAGGACCCGCGGGUCCCAUGGGGCCACAAGGGUUACCAGGGCUGAAAGGGGAGCCCGGGCUCCCUGGCGUUCCUGGCGAGGGGAAGACCGGCGAGCCCGGAAUGGCCGGACCCAUUGGGCCCCCCGGAAUGCCGGGAACGCCGGGGCUGAACGGGCCACCAGGCCCACCGGGGCCGCCUGGGCCGCCGGGAGCACCGGGGGUGCUGGACGAGACGGGCAUCGCGGGGCUGCACCUGCCGGACGGCGGCGUGGAGGGCGCCGUGCUGGGCAACGGGAAGCCGGGCAAGCCGCAGUACGGCCGGGGGGAGCUCGCCGCCCGCAUCGCGCCCGCCUUCACCGCCAUCCUCACCUCCCCCUUCCCCGCCUCCGGCAUGCCCGUCAAGUUUGACCGGACCUUGUACAACGGGCACAACGGCUACAACCCGGUCACCGGGAUCUUCACCUGCCCCGUAUCCGGAAUCUACUACUUCGCCUACCACGUGCACGUCAAAGGGACCAACGUCUGGGUGGCCCUGUACAAGAACAACGUGCCGGCCACCUACACCUACGACGAGUACAAAAAGGGGUACCUGGACCAGGCCUCGGGCAGUGCCGUGCUUGAACUCAAGGAGAACGACCAGGUGUGGGUACAAAUGCCCUCGGACCAGGCCAACGGGCUGUACUCCACGGAAUACAUCCACUCCUCCUUCUCUGGGUUCCUGCUCUGCCCCACAUAACGGCUGUUGGGCACGUUUCCUUUUCACCCACUUUAGCCAUAAACUUUUUUUUUUUUUUUUUUAAAGUGUUUUAAAAUUAAUACAAAAAAGAAAAGUCACUGGGAAGAACGCGCAAGCCGCUGCUGUGGGACCUUGCUUCAUGCUGUUUGAUCCAAGAGUCACAAGGGUAAUUGGGAAGGAGACAUCUACCCAUCUAUCUUUUUUUUUGGGAAGGGAGAAGGGAGGGAGGGGAGCAACUUCCUCAGCAAAGCAUAUUUGGAAUAAAUUUUACCCCAGUGACUGGACAUCAAACACAGAAACACGCUUGGGAUGGCAAGGAUCUGGCUCUGUGAUCCAGAGAGGGGCGGCUGGAAGACCAGACCCUCCUGGUCUGUAUCAAGUGCCCUCGUUUCCCAUUUGGAAUGCUGGAUAAAUAAAUCCAGCUGUGUCAUGGCUGGUGUGUUUGGUAACCUACGCAGGGUCCCAGCACUUAC